GCCCAGCCCCUCGGAGCCCGCGGAGCCCGGCGCGGCGGCGGAGGGGCCUCCCGGCCCGGGACUACGGCACCCACAGUGCCCCGCGGCGACGCUUCCGGGCGGCGGCGGCGGCGGCGGCGGCGGGAGGGGCCGGGGCCUCCCCCGGUGCAUGGCGGGGCCGCGGAGUAUGGGACCGGAGCGGGUGUGUCCCGAGGAGCCGGGGCCGCCGGAGGCCCCUGACGGCGCGGCGGGAUGGAGCGGAGACGAGGAGGAGGAGGAGGAAGAGGAAGGAGGCGGCGGGUACUUGUACCAGCCGCUGAGCCAGGAGCCGGAGCAGGGCCCCGCCGACGGGCCUCCCCCCGCUGCUGAGGCGGGCCCCGGCCUGCAGGAGCGGCUGCAGAUGCUGAGGCUGCACCUGCCCGACCCGCCGGCGGACAGCGAGGAGGAGGAGGAAGAGGAGGCGGCGGCGGCGGCAGGCGGCGCGGCUCAGAGCAGCCGCAGCUCCAUCCCCAUGGACGCAGAGCACGUGGAGCUGGUGAAGAGGACGAUGGCCGGCGUGAAGCUCCCGAGCCUGGGCAUCCCGCCCUGGGCCAGCCAGAUCUCGGAGGACCAGUGGAAGGACGUGGUGCGGCGCACGCUGCAGGCCCGGCACGGCCUCGGCGCACCCAGGCCCGAGUGGAAGUGAUGGGCAAGCUGCGGCGCAGGGGCUGCCAGCCCCGGCCCUCCCUCUGCCACACAGCACCCGCUGCCCUGGAGCUGGGUGGCAACAGGACUGGCCAGCAUCCACCUCCCAGGUUGUCCCACUGACAACGUCCAACUUCCCUUCCUGCUCCUCUUUCCUGGUUCUGGCUGGCACGUAAGUUGCUGUGAUGUCCUUGUGUUGGCUUCCUUUGCCUCGGAGGAGCCUGGCCAUAGGUUUCUGUACCUUUGUGUGUGUGUGAGGAGGGAGGGGGCUUGGCUGGCUUUGCCGAGAGUUCCUCGGGACAAACACUGGAUUUGGAAGUCCCUCUCCACACUUAGGGCCUCUCCCCCCAGGCCGGGGGCUGUGUGUUGGAAUACCGGAGGUGGAGUCCAAUGUUGUCUUUCCAAGAGAUCAGUUUUAUUUAGUUCUGUACAUACAGGGACAUCUGUACAAAAUCCAACACUUUCAUACUAUGUAAUGCUCUACUGAAAAUAAAGUACACCAUAUGUACAUAUGAACUGUAA